AUGGCUGACAUCUCGGACAACCAGACCUACUUUAUCUCGCACCGCGCUCUGCAAGGCUCGCAAGUAGCCUCGGUGGCUGCUACGCCGCUGUACUUCCUCAACGCCAUUCGCAAGGGUUCAUUCCAGCUGCGUGGUCUGGCUCGCUACAACUGGGUCGUGCCUGUGCUGGGUGGCGCUCUGGGCGCUGCGGCGGGCUGGGUCGAGUCGAUCCAGAUUACAGCGCCUGUGCUGACGUACCGCGUGGCUGGUAUUCGCAUGGACAGCGAGCGUAUGCGCCGUGACGACUUCCAGCUUAUCGGCUCGGUUGUCGGUGCGCUGGCUCUCCCCGCUCUGUUCUUGCGUCGCGUCGGCCUGAUCAACGGUCUCCUCGGUGGUGCUGGUCUCGGUAGUGCUACGGGUGUGCUUUCCUUCUACGGCAAGGCGUACAUGAACAACGAGACGCCAGAGCUUCCAAUCCCCAAUGUCGAAAUGCCACAGGCCAAGUAA